AUGGGUGCGGCUCUCGUCUGCGUGUGGGUGGCUCGAGUCUUCAUUGUUGUGCUGACAUUGUCAAUGGUGUUUAUCUGCUACCAACUCGUGGGGCAACCGGAUUGGCUUUAUUACAACGAAAACAUUACGUUCGGUGUGGUGGGCGGACCGUUUUGCAACUUCAACGAGACGGAGCUGAACGAUCAAUGCCACAAUGAAUUCAAAGUGAGUGGUUGUCGAUAUUUGGUCGGAAAAGGAGUUUUUCGAGCCUUUUAUAUGAGAAUAGGGUUGAAAGGGGUAAAAGUUCCCCUUUCUGGGGCCAAUGCGCUAUCUGAAAAUUUUCUAAAAAUCAUAGGGCGCAGCUCGGAGAACUUGCGCGGGCGCAGCUCGCGUCUUGGGCGCAGCUCGAAAACAAGCUAAAACUUGGCUCCGGUGAGCUGCGAAAACUUGUUUUCCGAGCUGCGCCCUACCAUUUUCAGCAAACUUUCAGAUAGCGCAUUGGCCCCUGGGCCAAGCAAAAAGGAGGUUCCGCAGCUUCCGCCCGAACCGUUCUGGUUGCAAUAAAUAUUAGGCUCAGGGGCCAAGUCGCUGACUGAAACUUGGUUAAAAGUUGGCUGAUAAUGGCAGGGCACAGCUCGGAAAACUUGCACGGGAGCAGCUCGCGUCUUGGGCGCAGCCCAGCUUGUUUUCUGAGGUUCCCCGAGACUCGAGCUGGGGGCAAUGCGCUAGCUGAAAGUUGGCUGAAAGUCAGCUGAAAAUGGUAGGAAAUACAACGUCUCUGAGCUAAGUUUCGGCUUGCUUUCGAGCUGCGCAGAAAGCGCUAGCUGCGCCCGUGCAAGCUCUCCAAGCUGCGCCCUAUGAUUUUCAGCUAAUUUUCCGUUUUGAGGCUAAUUUUGGGUGAAACUUAGAGAGGACGUUGCAAAAUAAACUUUCCAAUAACUCUGGGUGCGAAAAGAAAAUUUGAUGAAUUGCUUAUCAAUUUGAAUAGCGGCCCACUUUCGAAAAGAACUUUUUGUAACUUUUUUGUACCGUUCUACUUGUAGACCUCUGUCGACGUCGUUGCCGGAGCCCUGACGUUGUUCCUGAUGACCAUUGGGCCAAGUUUUGCGCUGAUGGGCCUGUUCAGCUUCAUUCAUACGUUCUGGUUCGGGGAAGGUCACUUGAAUGGCGUGUGGCCUCUGCAGUUAGCCGGAAUCAUCUGUUCCGUCGCGGGAAUCGUGAUGUGGUCGUUGAUGGCGGAUAGUGGUAAGUUUAUAAUCAAACCACACCCAAUUUGUAGGCUUUGGACUCGCGUUCCCGGCGGAGUCAAGCUUCACGGAGGGCCAGUCAGUCACCGACGCAUAUGGAGACUAUAUCGCCUGCGUCUUGUUUUUGAACGCACUGGGCAUCCUGUCGUGCUUUAUCGGAUUCCUCGAUGCACGCCUUAAAUUCCAAGUCCCCAAAAAUCCUCCUUCUCUUCGGAAAACCCUUCCUUCUCUGCGGAAAGCCGUUUCUUCUAUGGCGAAAACUCCUCCUUCUGUGCUCCAACCCCCUACUCCUCUACCGCAAGCAGGGAAGAAGUAG